AUGGCUCAAACCAAUGAGUACAAAGGAAAGUUUGGUAACCCUAAAUUGGUAGAGAAACCCAAAUUGAAGAUUAAUCUCAAAACCAAGGUUGCAGUAUCAAGCCGGGAAGAAUUAGAAGAAGAAAUGACGCUGAUUAGAAAUAAAAAGAAAGACAAGAAACACAUGCCCACUCCUCCUUCCAAACCUCCCCGACACACCAGAUACUUAAAUGCUGGUCCAUUCCGAGGAAAAAAGCCGGAUGAGGAGGAGGAGGAGGAGGAUGAAGGUAAUGAUGGUAAGGGUGUUGGUGGUAUUGAUGAAGAUGAGGAGGAGGAGAAAGAGGAUGAUGAAGGUAAUGAUGGUAAGAGUGUUUAUCAUGAUGAUGAGGAGAUAGUGGAAGAGCAGGCGAAACCGUCGAGACAGAAGGAUAGAAAGCCAGUUGCAGAGAGCGCGAGACACAUUCCCCCCCAACAUUUUCAGCUGGAAGAAAGCAAGAGGAGAACCUAA